UAAUCAAACAAACCUGUGCUCCGGAUCGUACAUCUCGUUGAAAGAGAACGAGCAACUGUAGCAUCGGAGUGAAGAUCCAAAUAAUAGUGAAAUUGAGACAAAUAUAAAGAUGACGUCAAGGCGAAUCAUUAAUCGAGAGCAAAGACAGUGCUCACAGAUUCGACCUUAUUUAUAUGUAUCUGGAUUGGCGGCUCUUUCUCCGAGAGUUCUUUCUCGAUUCUGUGUGUGCAUAAAUCUGAUUCCGGGAUUCCGACUCUCGGCUCCACCUCAUAUGAAAGUAGUUCAUCUACCACUUCAAGACAACGAGACAACUGAUUUAUCACCUCAUUGGGCAAAUGUGUACAAGGAAAUUGAGGAAGCACGGAAAGGAGCCGGAAGAGCUCUCUUGUUAUGUGCAAUGGGUAUCUCGAGAUCUGCCACGUUUGGAAUCGCUUAUGUGAUGCAAUACGAGAAAAAAACCCUCCACGACUCGUACAAAGCCGUUCAACUUGCUCGUAACAUCAUCUGCCCAAACGUCGGAUUCUUCCAACAGCUCAUAGAUCUUGAACAGAAGCUCCGGGGAAAAGUAUCCUGUAAAAUAAUUGAGCCUUUACCUGGAUGCAAAGUUCCCGACGUCAUUUGGCAAGAGCUCUAUGAUGAAAUGAUAAUGAGUAUGAGCCAAGAUGAUCGGCAUUCUUUAGCUUCUUGUAAUUUAUCUGCAAGAAGCACAACCAACGAUACAAUGUCACUUCGGUCUCUCAAUAUGGUCAAUGAUACUUCCAGAUCCCUUGCUUCAUUCCACUUAACUCAUCGACCAAUCGGAGCUUCUCCAACUCUACUUGUUCCAUCUUCAUCAUCAUCCUCAUCAGUUCGUGGACCAAUUCCACUACAAAGAGCUCAUACAGAACCUCCAAAAGAAGCAUCAAUUCUUCCAAAAAGUGCACUUCGAGACAAAUCAAAAUCAGGAGAAAAGAAGAAGAAAUGGCGUCUCAGUUUCCAUAAAGAUGUCGUGUAACACAAGAACCCCUUUUCCAUGAAGAAUACCGUCUUUCAAACAAUGAUCUUGAUCACUCCGAGCUCUUUUUUCUACUAUUUUUUUAAAUUUUUAACAUUUUUCUCUGUAAGAAACGUAUUUCACCGGUAAUUAUUUUGACAAUAAAAUUUUGUAAAUUGGAAA